AUGACAACUGCUGACAGCUUCUCCAUGAGAGGGCACCUCCUCUGGGACGGUCACCCCCGGGGCGCUGGGCUGCGGCUGAGGCGGUGCCGCCUGCAGCGCCAUUGCAACCCCGCCACGCCGCCCGCGGCCGCCGCAGGCCCGGCCAGGCCCGGCGGUGCCGCAGCUGCUCCUGCUGCUCUGCCCUCCGGCCUUUCACCUCCGCGGCCGAGGUCGGCAGCCCCAGGAUGCAGUCGAAGAGGCUCACCACAGUCCUGGUCAGCUGGGAGGUCCCAGGUGACAAAGUUGGAUUAUGUGAAGCUCCUCUAUAAGAAUGGUUGGAAAGAAGAUCCGGGAAACUACAGGCCUGUCAGCCUGACAUUGGUGCUGGAGAACAUCAUGGAGCAGAUCAUCUUGAGUGCCAUAGUGCGGCAUGUGCAGUACAACCAGGGGAUCAGCCCAGCCAGUAUGGGUUUAGGAAAAACCCAUUUGUCCUGCUUGACAAAUCUGAUCACACUUGGCAGGGUGACUCAUUUAGUGGAUGAGGGAAAGGCUAUGGAUGUUGUCUACUUGGACUUCAGUAGCGCCUUUGACACCAUCUCCCACAGCAUUCUUGUGGAGAAACUGGCUUCCCGUGAUGUGGACAGGUGCACUGAAGAAUGCUUAGCCACAGAUGAUAUGCUUGUGGACUACUUUAAUGAAUUUUUGAGUCUUCCGACUUUUGCCCAGCCAGUGAAGUUUAACUCAGAUGUUGGGGUUUUUGAAGUAGUUAAUUAUGCCCCACGAUGCCUGGAAAACCAGCUGAAAAAAAAUCUACAUGAUCAGAAACCUCCAAAUCCCAUUUAUGAUGUUCUAAGGAAAGCAAAGAAUGACGGGCAGCUCUCCAAAAUGCACAGUGCUUCUCCAGCCUUCAAUAUGGAUCCAAAUUACAACACUAUGUGUCUUGAUCGAGAACAAGCAAUUCAGUGGAUUAAGAAAGAAAGGCUUCCAGCAUUUCUAGGAAGUGACUGUUACUUUGAAUACAGACUAGCUAAAUUGAUAUCCCAGGUAGAAUGGAGCAAGACUGGCAUGAAUUUCAUUAUAGAUAGUGACUACUAUCCCUGGAUAAGGAAGCAAGACCUAAGUUCCCCCCAUCCUGAGGAACACGACACUUCACUGACUAUGAAGAAGUUCUAUGUAUCACUUGGCCAGGCUACAGUUUCUCAGGUGAAGGAUUGGUUUACAUUAGCAAAAGAAGGUGAUUCCACGAGAACUACGGAUUCAUCUACACACCCUGUAACUUCUAGUCAAAUUCAAAAUAUUCAGCAUGAAAGAGACGAAUCAUUAAGUGAAAAAGAUAGCCUCCUGGAAGCAGGUUCCCUGUCUGAGGAAUGCCAACAACAGAGUUUCCUUUCCCCUUCGAGGACUGCAUCCACAAAAGCUGACGCUGCUAAUGAGACAUCCAGCAAGGCUGAGGAGGGCUCUUCUGUGGCCAUUUCUGAACCUCCUUCCCACGGGCAGUUAAGAGUUUAUCUAGACCCAAAAUGGGACAGUGCAGCAAAAGAAGUAAAUGAACAGGAAAGCACAACUUUUCAGACACCAGAAAAAUUCAUGCCAGCUUCUACUCAAAUUGUAAUGAAGGAACCCAUUUCAGAACUGACUCACCAGCCAGAUGCUGACGCUGUUGCCUGUAGUACUGCACAGUCACUCUUUAAACAAAGUUCUUCUCCACUUACUGCCUUGGACUCCAAGGGAGAAGUAAGAAAAGGAGAUCCUGAAGAAGUAAGCUUAUGUUCAAGUUCUGAAAGUGGUGGGCCAGACAGCAGGGCUGCCUGGUGUCUUAGUCAUGGGACUUAUGACACUGGCAACAGACAUGAGUUUGAAAGAUUCAAGAAGUUCAUUAAAGGAACACUUGGGGAAAGGUACUGGUGGCUCUGGAUGGAUAUUGAAAGACUAAAGGCUCUUAAGAACACUACGAGACAGCAAAGGCAUCUCAGUAAGAUGAAAAAACUGUACCUGCUGAGCAGUGGAGACUAUUUCCUCAGUUCAGAAGUAUUACUCAGGCUUGAUCUACUGCAUGGAGAUCAGUGGAAUAUAUGGCAUUUAAGACAGAUUCAGCCUGAAGUAGUGAAACCUCUACUUCUUUACUGGGGCCCCAGAUUUUGUGUCACUCAUUCAAGAGCAAUAGAGGCUGCCAGUGCAAAACUGAAGUUCUGGCACACAUGUCAAGAGAGACCGAGAGUGGACAUUGAUCCUUUCCCACAAAUAGUGUCAUUGUUACCGUUGACCCAAAAGUCUUGCAUACCUGGGAUACAACCUUCCCUUCUUCAGAGAUCAUCAAGAUUACCACCUACCCUGACAUCAAGUCAGAGUACCCAACAGGAUGACAUUCCUAGCAGUAGAAUGUGGUCAAAGUCAGUGAGCACAGACAUGAUUCAUUGCUUAGCUUUGGAUGGCACCAAAGAUUCAAGGUACCAGGGUUAUAGAAAGUACACCUAUGCUGAGUUGCUCCGUGGGAAAAGUGCUGCUGGCAGUGUUGUCUUAGGGGGAUCAAGAAUGGAAAGCAUGCUGCAGUCUCUUUAUUUGGAGAACAGAGCAGGCUACUACUUCACAGAAUUCUGUGAGAAGUCAGGGAAUAAGUUGUGGAAGAACUGUGUGUACUUUUGGUUCGACCUACAGGCUUAUCAUCAGCUUUUUUACCAAGAAACUCUUCAACCUUUUCAAAUAUGCAAGCAAGCUCAAUUCCUUUAUGCAACUUACAUUGCCCCAUCUGCCAGUAUGGACAUUGGACUUCAUCAGAAUAAGAGAAACAUGAUUUAUCAGAAAAUGGACCCAGCUUUUGAGGACCUUUUUGACCCAGCAGAAGAAUAUAUUCUCACUAUUCUCCUAGAACCAUGGAUGAAGAUGGUGGAAGCAGAUAAAUAUACUUAUGGAAAGGUGGAGUUGGUGGAAGAAACUCAACAGCUGGACUCUGUGUGCUUUAGAAAGCUCCAGGCUUUGCAUCAAGUGAGUGGUUCCAAGAAGGAUGAGAGUACUGUUGCUGACACUGGUCUGCCAUCCUUCCCUGAUGAUCAAUACUUCCGUCAAAUUCCCAAAGGAUUGGCAGGUCCUAAUCUGUCUGACCUGAUCCACAACAAAGAGAAGUUAAACCAGUUCUGGGCUUUUCUUAAUGAGCAUUCUGCUGGCAUGGAUCUCAUGUGUUGGCUUGAUAUUGAAGAGUUCAGAAAGAUGCUCCACAAGGAUAAAGAAAAAAGUGAAGAAAAGUCUAAGGACAUUGAAAGCAAGUACUUUAAUGACGAGUACUUCUUUGGACCCAACAGCCCAGCUACCAGAGAGCAACAAGAAAAGCUAAUGCAUUCAGGUGGAGGAAGAAGACAAAUCCUUCAUGAUCAACUUUCGGCAGCAGUUCUGCUAGAAGUUCAGCAGUGCGUCCAGAAGAGAUUAGAAAAACAAUGGCUGCCAUUGUUCCUGGCAGAUGAACACCGUGGGGUGGAGGGACAAGCAAAGAUAAUGGACAUAACUGAAGAUCUUUUACGCAAAGACCAGCAGAAGACAACCAGGAUAUGGAAGCACAUGGACAAUAAGUGUGUUUCUUCAUCUAGUGAAAUAAUUGCUUUCCGCAAAGCACUGUUGGAUCCGGUGACAGCAAAUCUGUUUCAACGCUUUGUGUCACUGCAAGGAGACCUGCUGGGGAAUGGAGUGCUCUUUUGGCAAGAAGUGCAAAAGUAUAAGGACUUGUGCCAUUCUCAUUGUGCUGAUGCCAUAGUCCAGAAAAAGAUCACAGCUAUUAUCAACUGCUUUAUUAAUUCUGCCAUACCCCCAGCUUUGCAGAUUGACAUCCCACCUGAACAAGCAAAGAAGAUUUUGGAGCGCAGGAAAGAACUAGGACCUUACAUUUUUAGAGAGGCACAGAUGACUGUUUUUGCUCUUCUGUUUAAAUUUUGGCCAGAAUUCUGUAAGUUUCAAAGCAAUGUGGAUAGUGAAAAAAUUCUACGUGCCUUGGAGAAAGAAAAGGAAAAAAAGAUGCGAAAGAAGGAAAGGAUAACAGCAAAGCAGGGUAAAGAAGCAGAGAGAAAACUCAUCAACUUGACUCAACUGUCAAAGAGGGCCUUGACUCAACUGCAAAAGAGUGCCUUGACUCAGCUGCAAAAGAGUGCCUUGACUCAGCUGCAAAAGAGUGACUUGACUCAGCUGCAAAAGAGUGACUUGACUCAAAUGCCAAAGGGUUCCUUGACUCAACUGCCAAAGGGUGCUUUGGUAGAUACGAUUGACAUGAAGAGAGGCUCAGCACCAUCUUUAGAUGGAUUUGGGUGGGAGGCUUCCUGGUCCUAUUCCAAGUACAUAGAAGCCUUGGAGCAGGAGAGAAUACUCAUUAAAAGGGAAGAAGAUCUGGAGGAAACCUCAUCAUCAUUCCUUUCAGAUUCCUUGUCUGUGUCCUCCCUGAAGCCUGAAAGUUCUAUGAAAGCUACCAUUUCUACAAAGCGUAAACUCUCAAAUGUUCCCAAGACACAGGAAGCACUUUAAAUCUCUCUGAGGAAGGGAAUGCAGAGACAUUCAAUGGAGGUGGCCAGGAGACAUAAAUAUAAUGUUCAUGCAAGGUUUGUUCUUACAUUUCCAGAGCAAAGAUGAUGACUUGGAAUAUUAUUAAGAACCAUGGGAUAAUUAUCAAGUGUAGAAAAUAAACAUCUUCCAAUGUGUUCCAUACCAACCUGACUGUGAUACUGACACCUUGAGGCUCAAAUCAGAGUAAGAUUCCACUGAAGUAUGCAAGGCACACACUACUAGGUAGUCUCAGUCUUAACGAUCCUAUAAUCAAACCCAGUUUUUCAGUACUUGAUCUAAUGAAUAAGUAAAACACUGCAUUGAACUGACAACCCUGAAGCAGUGUGUCUUGGCACACUACGCUCUCACUGUGCAAUUCAUGCAACUUCUGUUCAUCAAGGAUAACUCCUGAGGUCUGUGAGUUAUUAUAAAGUCAAACACUGUUGUGGUUUGUUCCCAGUUCAGUUUAAUUCCUGGUCCAAAGUACACCUUCUGCCUCAUUUCUGAGUUUUGAUCCACAGGAAAGGCUUAAAAUCUAUCAGGACACAGAUGGGAUUGAGAAUUUUUCUAAAAUGUCAUUUCACCCAAGGCAUUACUCACCAGACAGUUGCAGGAGCUCAUAGCUCCUGUGUAGCUCUCUCUAUUUUUAAUAAGUUUUAAAAAGACUUGGGGCACAGUUGAUGUUGGGACUGAGGACAACGGAUUAAUUGGGGAUUAAUUAAAAGAGGGCAGGGGCAGAAUUAACUGCUAGGCAAGGGGAAGGAUGAUGAUAGACCUUUCCACAUUUUUCAUACCACUUUAAACCCCAGUCGCCAGCCACAAAGUUGUUGGCUCCACUUUUUCCUGCAUGUAAAAGAAAGGCAGGUUGCUGAGUUGCUGAGGACUAGCCCUGAGUUAGGGAUGGGACUGUGUUCUGCUGCUUGUUCCAACCUCUUGGACAAGAAGAACAAGCCAUGCAGCCCUGUCUCCUUUGUCAGAAGUAAAGGUUCUUCACUUGGAGCUCUUAGACCAUGCUGCUAAGGACCGUUCAAGAGUGCUUUCCCCCUCAAUGAGGAGUGGCAACUAACAUCAACUAACAGUCUUUUGCUCUUGUCACAAUGACCAAAAAUUGUAAGGAAUUUCCGUUGGGUGUUGCUACAGACAGGCUGGCAGGGAAGGAAGACACUUUAUUUUAUGGACAUAGCUGCCCUGCACAUAUAUUCUCACAGAAGGAGCAAGGGAGAUCACUGGUUCAGUUCCUGCUUCCCCACAGUUCAGAGUUUGCUUCAUGCAUGCCAUGUUUGGGUUGUUUGCUCAUCUGACAUUACCUGAGGAAGAUACCUUGGUUGGAAGCCACAAGAGAGUAAAACAUUAAACACUUGUCUCUGUUUUUUAUGUUUUCCCAAAUUUCACAAAUGCAGCAAACUUUAGUGCUCAGUACAUCUGAGGAGGGUGGAACACAGCAUCUUGUAAUGAGCACAGCACAUGUGGUACUGUGUGGCCUACCACUCAUUAAUGUGAAAGGCAAAGAAGAUUCAUGAAAUGCCAUAAAUGCACUGAUGUAUGUCAGUCUAAAAAGCAUGUGGAAGGCAACCUUCUAUUGCUGUGGUCAGUACAGUACACGCAACCAAAAGCUGAAAUGUGGCAGGCAGUUUCUGUUUUGCUGUAUUCUUGCCUUCAAGGCAUUUUGAGGCAGUUAAAUAAUGUGUAGAUAUUACUUAUCUGAUGCUGGUAGUUAUGAUUGAAUAACACUUCAAUUACUUAAAAAAUUAAAAAUAUUAUCCAGAUACUUGUCUCCUCAUGAAUAUGUUCCAGCCUUGCCAAAUUAUUAAUAAAAAUUUACCAGCAAAUUUACCUCAAGCAAAAACUACUGUCCCAGACAGUUAUUAUGAUUUAUACCAUACAUCGCUAUCAAACUUAAAAAAACCCCAAAAGAAGUAC